CAGCCACAUGAUCAAGAUGAAUCCCUUAUUUGUCAACUUACCUUACAUGGAUGCAUUCACACUUGGAGUUAUUGAAGACCAACGGCUCUUUCCCCUUCUGUUCAGGCACGACUUAGAGACUAUCCAGACAUCAAAGGAGAUCCCACGGAUGCAUUUAUAUCUGCCCAAACUCACAAGAUACAAGGAGAGAAUACAACUUCCAUACAUGGACAGAUUCUGCACCAACUAAGUCCAACGGCUAGUUUUUCACUUAUUAUUUCUUUCCAAGUUAUUCUUUUAGGCAUUUGUGUUCUUUUCUAUUUAAACAGAGCUAAGUCUCAUUUGUAAAUCACCCCUUGCACGAAAUUAAUAAAGUAUUAUUCAGUUUACAAAGUUUGUCUUUGUUUUGUUCAAUUAGUCUUUAGGUGGAUUCCUUUAGAUUUCUUGUUCGUUUGCUUGUCUCUUUAGUUUGUGGAUUCAUUCUAGGAUACAAGUGUAGGUCUCUGUCUUUGUGUGGAUUCACAUUGGCGCAGGCUUCUGGUCUUAUCAAAGGGAUACUUCCGCAACCCUUUGUGGCGACAAUCGAUCCAUUCAAGCUUGACAACUCUUGUUGCCUUGUGAUCUAGCCUUUGUUAGCUUAGGCUUGUAUCAUUUUUGGUAUCAGAGCUUAAAGCUCCUAUCCCCAGGUUGUGUUCAUCCAACCCUUAUCUCUUUUAAUUUUGUUUUGCAUUUUGUUUUUCAUUUAGUUUUGUUUUGCAUAAUCAUAUAAAACCUAUAAAAAGUCACAUUUGUUUCUGUUGCAUCUUGUUUAUCUUGUUUCUAUUUCAUAAAAUCAUAAAAAUAAAAUUGUUUGUCAUUUGUUGCAUUUGUUGCAUUUAGUUCUUUAGUUCUGUCAAAAAUAUUAAAACCCAUAAAAAGUUGUGUUCUUCAUUUGUUCUUCAUCCUGUCGAUUUAAUUGUUUCUUAGAUCCAUAUCUUAAAAAAAAAAAAAAAAAAAACAUAAAAGCUGUUAGAAUUAAGUUAAUAUCCGAGUUUCCAAAUUUUGGUGGAGUUUUUGAAAGUUUUCCUUCUUCUGGUCAACCGAAACUUAUUCCUUUCCAAAAGAUUUUUGUUUACUUGCAAACUUUAUUAAAAAAAAAAAAAAAGAGAGGAAAUCAGAAAUUGCCCAUUUUGUUUAGUGUUUAGUUUCUUCUUCUUUCCUUUAACUUUGCUAGUCACGUUUUCUUGUUUAAUCACUUGAUUCAGAAUACUUUCAUCUUCUUCUUGAGAUAUUUAAUCCUUAACUUGGUAGACAUGGCGACUGAAGAAGAAGCUGAUGAGUACAAUAUUAAUGAAGUUGAUUGGGGUGAAGAACCGGGAUACUCAUGGGAAGAUCAAAACUAUGGAGAUGGCUCUGAAGAAGAAGCUGAUGAGUACAAUAUUUCUGAAGUUGAUUUGGGUGAAGAACCGGGAUACUCAUGGGAAGAUCAAAACUAUGGAGAUGGCUCUGAAGAAGACGACCAGUGUAGAGAGUCAAGGGCUGAAGAUGGAUAUGAGGAAGGACCAUGUCGUGGGGAGCUUGAUUCCAAGCCACAAGACCACUACAAGAACCAUACCAUCAACAAGAGCUAUUCUAAACCUUGGUUAAAAUUUACUGAUAAAUUUUAUGACUAUAGUCCAACAGUUUUCACCAAAACACUUGUGUCUUUUUCAGGAAAAGAGAACUACUCCAGAUGGGAGGAAGACAUGGAAAAUUAUUUUUGGGAGUACAAAGUUCCUGAACAUAAGAAGCUGUCCAUAGCCUUAGACACCCUUGUAGGAGAAGCUUACCAAUGGUGGCUUCAAGAGGAAGAAUGUCGCAUCUACUUCAAGGAACCAACCCCACACUGGGAAUAUGUCAAAGAGCUGAUGUAUGAACAUUUCGAGAUGAGGAGAUUACCCCCUAGAACCUGUCCUAAACGUUUUGUUAAACUGAAACCGAGACAACUACAUGAGCGUGAGGUAACUUUAACUUCUCACUAUAAUUCAUAUGAUCAGUUUCGUUUGUAUAAGUUUUCAGGAAAAGGUGAAGACCCUAGAAACUAUCUUCAGUGGGAAGAGGACAUGGAAAGGUACUUCAAGUGCAACUCCAUUCCAAAAGGAGAAUACUUGUCCUAUGGUCUAGGACAGCUCACUGAAAAGGCUCAACGGUAUUGGAAAAGAGAAGAGAAGUAUAGGGAACAAUUUCAAGAGCCUCCUAUACGCACUUGGGAGCAAUUCAAAGGGAUCAUGAGGGAUAGAUUUGCACCUUACAUCCCUACACAACACGCUCAGAAGGUGUCUACAAAGAGAGUAGUACAACCCCAAGUCUUGCAGCCGGCAAACCAGAGGCAAAGCUCAAAACCAGUGCAUACACCUCAUGUAAAGCACAACCAAGGUGAGUACUCUAAAUCUUUAAAACCACCUGAGGUUAUUUGUUAUAGGUGUCAAGGCCAAGGUCAUCUUGCAAAAGAUUGCCCCACAAAACGAGCAGUGAAGAUGGCACUACGUGAAGCAAGAGAAACCAACUUGGAGGUAAGUGAUUCCUUUACUAGAAUAGAUAAAAAGUUUGAUGAUCUUAUCAACUUGAUUAAAGCUGGAUCUAAUUCUGUUUCUAGUAAUUCCAUGACUGUCUUAACACACUUGUCUAGCGCCCAAAAGGUUGAAAGUAUUUCAGGUACUAACAUAGAAAUCAAGGAACAAGAACCCAACCCUGCUGCGCAAUCAAGUCCAACACUUGAUAAGAAUGUUGAUAAAGGUCUAGGUAAUGAGGAGACACGUACAGAAGCUAAACAACAACAGAAUAAUGAGCAAUCUACCCUAGAGACCUCUACACCAGCUGAUCAUGCUUUAGAGGUAGUAAAUACCAAAGCUGAAUCAAUGCAAGAUAACCAGGUAAGUGAAGCUCUAAAUCUUACUCAAUAUUAUUUUUUUGAAUCGUCCACUUCAAGUAUGAAACACUUGCUCUUGCCCAUAAGUGAUGAUUCAGAUAUAGGUACAAUGGAGAAGCAUCCAGAACCAAACUCACAACCUUACACCCAAGCAGUGGUCAAUGGAGAAACCAAUUGUGAAAUAGGAGAUUUCGAAAAGGAGACCACGAUCCUUCCAAGGGAAAUCAUAGACCGACCAUGGAAAGGGGGCAUAGCUUCCCUACUGAUCAAAGAAGAACCACCAGUUGGACAAUGCAUCACAAAACCGUGCAUAUACCAAGGUAAAUUGGUUUUGAGGACAAAACCUUUUGAAGAGGGAGGGAAUGAUGAGGACCUAAAGUCAGUAGCUAGACCACCAACUCAUGAGAUCAACCAUACAAGCUACAUUGGAGCCAGCAGCGACAUAGGUGCACUCAAAGAAGGAUAUCUUUGCAACCAUAAGGAAUUUAACCGUGAAACCAGUUUCUAUAGAUUCUCAACUCAACCAGAGCACGCAGCGAAUUGGUUUCAUACCAAAAAGAGUAAUGGUUUAGGAGAUAUGCCAGUUACAAGUCAGACUAUCUACACUACAUCCGAAUUGGUUCUAAUUAAGGAAAGUAAUUCUUUGCUUAAGGAGUGUGCAACUCAAACUCACGUGUGGAAACCAGGAGAUUAUUCAUUACAUCUAAGAGCAGUGGGAGAGUUUCUACCAUGCACCAGCAGCCACAUGAUCAAGAUGAAUCCCUUAUUUGUCAACUUACCUUACAUGGAUGCAUUCACACUUGGAGUUAUUGAAGACCAACGGCUCUUUCCCCUUCUGUUCAGGCACGACUUAGAGACUAUCCAGACAUCAAAGGAGAUCCCACGGAUGCAUUUAUUUCUGCCCAAACUCACAAGAUACAAGGAGAGAAUACAACUUCCAUACAUGGACAGAUUCUGCACCAACUAAGUCCAACGGCUAGUUUUUCACUUAUUAUUUCUUUCCAAGUUAUUCUUUUAGGCAUUUGUGUUCUUUUCUAUUUAAACAGAGCUAAGUCUCAUUUGUAAAUCACCCCUUGCACGAAAUUAAUAAAGUAUUAUUCAGUUUACAAAGUUUGUCUUUGUUUUGUUCAAUUAGUCUUUAGGUGGAUUCCUUUAGAUUUCUUGUUCGUUUGCUUGUCUCUUUAGUUUGUGGAUUCAUUCUAGGAUACAAGUGUAGGUCUCUGUCUUUGUGUGGAUUCACAUUGGCGCAGGCUUCUGGUCUUAUCAAAGGGAUACUUCCGCAACCCUUUGUGGCGACAAUCGAUCCAUUCAAGCUUGACAACUCUUGUUGCCUUGUGAUCUAGCCUUUGUUAGCUUAGGCUUGUAUCAACUUCUUCACCCCGACUCCUAUGAGAUUUAUUCAACUUCCUGGUGAUUCUCCACCAUUUUAUGUAUCCAAAUCAAGCUUCUUACAAAGUGAUUCAUCCUGGUUUGAUUGGAACGACGAAGAAGCUGUCCUAUUCCCAAAUUGGGAAACUGGAAUCACCUGAUUAGAAAGCGGGAUAACUUCUUCAUCCCAACUCCUAUGAGAUUUAUUCAACUUCCUGGUGAUUCUCCAAC